AUGCCGAAGCGAGCCCGGUCUCCUGAUGCGCAUCCGUCGAAACGGGCGCGGGCUUCGAGAGGUCUCCUCCCGCUCUUUGAACUGGACGAGCUAUUCCUGCGCGUCCUUGGCCAUCUCGCACCGGCUGACCUCGCCCGCGCGCAGGGCGUUUCGCGGCGUUGGGCUGCAAUCGCCGUAGACCCACAGCUCUGGAAGCGCCUCUACCUCGCGCGAUAUCCACAUCCUCAUCAUCGCGUGUCUGUGUCGCGCAGUGUGAGCGGAGGUAGCACCCCUCUGCGCCCUCUCGCCCGCCUUCCGAGCCGCGCGUUCCCGGCGCCUAGUCCCUCGCCCUCCCCGGCGCCCGAGGAGCGAUGGCAGGAUGCGGAGGCGCGUCACGACGGCGUGGAUUGGAAGCUCAUGAUGCGGCUGGGCACGAACUGGUCGAACGGAGCAGUGCUCGCCGAAGCGCGCGUACCCCUUCCACCGUCGCCGGCCUCUCAAACAAGAGAAGACCCCGGCGACGUCCAUGCCCAACACCUAGCCCUAUUCCCAAGCUUCAUCUGCGCAUCCAACCCAACCUCCCCCCUCGUACACGUUUACGCAUCUCUACCCGGUUCACCACUCGGCAUCAUUCCCCCUCCACCGGGCUGGUCGUCCCCCCACCGGCCAGACUAUGUAUCUGCCAUCGCGGCGGACCAGGCGGUCAUCUCGCGCGAGGGUGCGGCGCUCCCGGCCCGCCUUGCUAUCCUAUAUGCGUCAGGCGGGUUUGCGAUUGUGCGCCUUCGCCUUUCUGACGGACGGCUGCAUUGGUCCCGUGAGACUGUUUGGGCCCGGCGCACUCGCCCGCCUCGCCGUGGCGGGGCUGCGGACGAUCCCGUCGUCCUGGCCAGCAUGCACCACCCCGCGCUGGUGACUUGUACGAAGGGAUUCGUGUUGUCCGUGUACAGCCUCGCCGGGAGUGAACCUGCGCUCCUCAAUUCGUUGCGAAGCGACCUUGCGUUUGAUGAGGAAAAGAUUGUUGGGCUCGUCGCCGGGCCGACAGGCGACGUAAUGCGUGUAUGGAGCUUUGGAUAA